AUGCUCGUCCCUGAGCCCAGUCGUUCACUCUACCCGUCCAAGAUCCCCGAGCUGCGCGCCCACGUCGUCGUCGACGGCAGGCCUCGGCUCGUGUUCGACAUGCGCGAGACGGGCAACAAGGUGACGGGCUACAUCAGCGGCGCGUACGACUCGGAGUUCGAGGUCCGCCUGUGGGACGGCCGCGAGAAGAAGGCGACGAGGGGCGUCGAGCGCACGCUCUACUUCGGCGAUCAGCGAGUCGGCAGGUGGUGGGAGCAAGCGGGCGGGAUUGAGCACCAAGGCCCGCCCGAUGACGAGGACCGCUUCACGACUUGGUCACACGUGCAGGUCGGCGACGAGCACACGCGCGCGUUCAAGUUUGGGCCCGUCCCGACUACGGGCGAUCGCGACAAGGCCUCUCGCGACGCCGACUUCCUCGACGGCGUGUCCGCCAUCAAGAUCACGUACCGCAAGAUCAAGAACGUCAAGUCCAAGGUCGUGUACCCGCCUCCGGCGCCCAAGAAGAAGAAGGGCGAGCAGUCGUCCGCGAGCAUGGCCAACGACCCGCUCGCCAAGCAGAGCAAGGACAAGCGCGCCGUGCACGAGCAGCAGGAGAAGGGCCAAUUCGGCGUCUCAGCGACGUUCGGCGAGCUCAAGACGGUCAAGAAGGACCCCAAGAAGAGCAAGAACCCUCGCAAGACCACGACGUGGACCUACGACUACCUCAACGAGGACGAGCCCGACCUCGUGUUCGUCUUCUACAUCCGCUCGGACCCCUGGAUCCGUGCCCGCCUCGCCGACGAGGAGCCCGAGGAGGUCGAGCGCUCGGUGACGCCGCCUGUCGAGGUUGGCGACACGCUGUACAUCGGCAUGACGGAGAAGGAGAUCGAGGAGGAGGAGGAGCGUGCGGCAAAGCGCCCUCGCGUCGAGAAGGCGCCGCAGGACAAGGGCAAGCGCGUCGUGCGCCCGCUCUCGCGCUCGCCGUCGCCGACAUCGACGCACGCCGACUCGCCACUCGACUCGGGCGACCUCGGCGGCGAGGAGGCGCUCCUCGACCCGAUGGGCGACGACGACAGCGGCAGCGACGGCGACUCGUACCUGCUCGCCCGCCGUCGCUCGUCGACCAGCUCCGCGUCCGCCACCAAGAAGGUCCACUUCCCGUCGGCGAGCACCUCGUCCUCGACUGCGCCCGGCACGGCCUCGAACGACCUCGUCGCCAUGCACCAGGCGCAGCUCGCCAAGGCCGAGGCCGCCAACGCGCGCCUGCGCGCCGAGCGCGAGCACCGCCCCAACAAGCGCAAAGAGCUCGGCGACGGGCCUUCGGGCCUCGAGGCGGCGUGCGUCGAGCCGGCCGCGCCGCUCGAGAAGCCGUCGCCCGACGCGGGCAGCUCGACGGGCUCGGUGCGCGUCGACGGCGCCGGCUCGCACUCGCGCAUGUCGUCGUCGACCACGAUGUCGAGCGUGCCGGUCGAGGUCGAGCCGGUCGGCGCCAAGUCGUCGUCGGGCGCGUCGUCGUCGUCGAGGUCGGGGCCCGAGCGCGCCGCAGACGCCGUCUCGGCCUCGUCGGCUCCUAUCGCGCACGUUCCCACCCCCGUGUGGGCCACCGACUCGCCCUCGUCGUUCGCCAUCCGCCCCGACUCGACGCCGCAGUCGUCCGCGGCGCCUCAGCCGCUCGUCGCGACCAAGCUCUCGACGGCCGACGAGCAGGGCCUCAAGUCGGCCUCGACGACUGCGCUCGGCGGCACGUCGCUCUACCCGACGCACCAGCUCACCGCCUCGAGCCUGUCGACGAGCGACACGACGAGCGCCGCCCCGCUCGCGCCAUCCGCCGCGCCGGCCGACCACCGCCCGCCGCCGUCGACCAUGCCGCACGAGCCGCUCGUCUCGCCGGUCCUCGUGCGCACGGCGCUCGAGGCGACGUCGACGGCGACGGCGGGCCCGCCGACGGCCGCUGAGCGCGCCGCGAGCGUCGGCGGCGGCCAGGCGUUCAGCCUCGCGCCCGUCGGCGCCGAGGCGCAGCGCCGGGUCGAGAUCAAGCUCGAGUUGAACGAGCAGCGCCUGGCUGCCGAGACGGCCGAGGAGCACCUGGCGGCCGUGGCGGUCGAGGCGCGUCCCGCGGGCGAGGAGAAGGGCGCCGAGCCACAGGACAAGCGCGAGCCGCAGGACAAGGUCGAGGUCAAGCCCGAGGCGACCGAGGGGUGCCCUGUGUCGUGA